AUGGCGAUACCCCUGCACUUUCCAUUGCUCAUUCUGGCAGCCAUGGUGGCUGGCUAUGUCGCAAGACCCGCAAGACCCGAACUCAGGAGCUCUCAACUAAUGCUUGGCGGUCUGGAGGAGGCAGACAUGCACGAGGAGGGCGUGCAUCAGGCCAUUGACUACGCCAUCAGCGUUUACAACCAGGAGAACAAUGAUCCCUACUAUAGCCGUGUUCGCAGGGUGGUGCGUGCCCGCAAGCAGGUUGUCACUGGGACAAACUACUACUUGGAUUUGGAGAUAGGUCGAACCACCUGUACUAAAUCUCAGUCUGACCUGGCCGAAUGUCCCUUCGUUGAGCACAUACAUGAGCACAAGAGGACUUACUGCUCUUUCCAGGUCUACAUUGUGCCCUGGCUGCACACAAUCUCCAUGACACAAUACAGUUGUCAUAAUGACUAA